CUGCGCUGACAUUUUAUCCCAAUUGGGCCUUUUUAGCUCUUUUAUAGCCCACCAUCCUUUUUUUUGGACAGCAGCCCACCAGACAUUUUUUUUUGUCGAACCCGAAACAGAGUAGUUUGCCGUCGAUGAUCAUCAACAGUGGAGUGUAAGCAGAGAAAUUACGCCAUAGAUCGGAGCGAUUUUGGAGCAUCGCCGAAGCUAAAGAGGAAUUGGAGGUUUCUGUAGAUCGGAAAACACUUGUUGUUCUCUCUCUCGAUUCAUCCCAAAGCAAGAUUCUUGGAUCUGCCUCUUAAGAUCGAUCGGUGCUUUUGUAUCCUCAGGUAUGUGUUGAUACUUGAUCGUAUCUAUCUACAGAGAUUAAUCGUAUCGUAGUCUGAUUUGGUAGAUUUGGAAUUGGGAAUCGAGAAGUUUAAAAAUGGAGGAGGAUAGAGAGAAUGCAAAGAGAGUAGUGUUUGUAACUGUAGGAACAACGAGUUUCGAUGCUCUUGUGAAAGCAGUGGUUAGUCAAAAUGUUAAAGACGAACUGCAGAAGAGAGGAUUUACUCAUCUUCUUAUUCAAAUGGGUCGAGGAAUCUUUUUCCCAACUAAGUGUGAUGGAGCGGAUGGAUCAUUAGUUGUGGAUUACUUCACAUUUUCCUCAAGUAUCGCUGAUUAUAUUCGAUCUGCAUCUCUUGUUAUUAGUCACGCUGGAUCUGGAAGUAUAUUUGAGACACUGAAACUAGGGAAACCAUUGAUUGUGGUAGUGAACGAAGAUCUGAUGGACAAUCAUCAAUGUGAAUUAGCUGAAGCACUUGAAGAGAGGAAGCACUUGUACUACACUCGUCCUCACUCCCUUCAUCAAACCUUGACGAAAAUGGAGUUGGGGUCUCUGGUUCAGUAUACUCCAGGUGAUGGAACUCCUGUUGCUCGCAUUAUCGACAGGUUCCUUGGAUUCCCUGAUGAUUAAACACAACACAUACAUGAAAACAAGUGUUUAGUUUCCAAAUACAACAUAAUAUGCAGUAACUGGUGCUUUUGCCAGUAGACAUUGUGUCAAAGAUAUCCAUCAUAAUAGCAAAGCUUUUUUCUAACGUUUGACAGAGGAUAAUCAAUUUUGCUCAGUCUGUAUCAUUUCAAACAUAAUACCAAAGAAUAUUUAAUAAUCAGAUCAUCUUAAUUUUAUUAACAACCAAGUGUAAACACUUAGAUAUUUGCAGAAAAUAAC